GAGCGGCGCUGCGGGCCGUGGGAGGAAGCGCUGUGCCCGGCCCGACGGCGCUCGUUGAGCCACAUCCGCGGGUCGCCGGCGACGCUGCCGGCGCCUGUCACGGCCCCUCCAUCUUGAAGGAAGGAGGCCGCCGUUCCCACCGCAGGGGCGGCAGCCGCGCUCAUGGCGUUCAGUCCCUGGCAGAUCCUGUCGCCCGUGCAGUGGGCCAAGUGGACGUGGUCCGCUGUCCGCGGCGCGGGCGCGGGAGGAGAGGAAGAAGCCGGAGGUCCCGAGGGCGACCCCGAGGAGGAGGAGGACUCGCAAGCCGAGACCAAAUCCCUGAGCUUCAGCUCGGAUUCUGAAGGUAAUUUUGAGACUCCUGGAGCUGAAACUCCAAUCAGAUCGCCUCUCAAGGAGUCUUGUGAUUCAUCCCUAGGAUUGGCAGAACUCGAGGCCAAAAACCAAGAAUCACAAGAAGCGGAUGAACAGUUUGUGGCAGAAGUAGUUGAAAAAUGUCCAUCUGAUGCGUGUUCUAGAUCUCCAGGAAAAGAAGCACCACAGGCGACCACUGAUUCCCACUCAGUCAAGGGUGUCCAAGGAGAAACCCAACAUGAUGUUAGUAAGAUCUCAGUAGUGAGGCCAUUUUCAGUAGAAACCAGGAGUUCCACAGAUGACCCAGCUGCUCUUGGAACAGAAGCAGCCUGUGGCUGUGUACCUGCACUCUCAGGCAAGGCUUUGCCCUCUGCUGCAUCAGAAGCUACUCAGGACAAGCCAGUGACAGAAGGAGGCAUGGGGAUUACAUUUGAGGCCUUUACAGAAGCUGGUCUGAAGAUAGGAGAGCCUGUGGCCAGCAGAAGCAAGCUGAGAAGGCCCAAACCUAUCUCUCUGAGGAAUAAGACCGCUAGAGGCGAUGCAUCUGAAACGGAAAUGAUGAUGGAGGGUUUGCCCCUCCCUAGGGCUUCCCUCCCUUUGGCUCCCGAAGGAGUAGCCAAGAGCAUGCAUCCUAGUAUGCUGAGAGGAGCCAGGGACCAGCAAUCUCCCCUUAACCUGAAAGAAGCUGUGGACUCUCUCAGUUAUGGCAGCAGUGGCUCAGGGUGUGAGCUGCAGGAGGGGUCCAGGAACUCUCCUGUCAAACUUGAAUGUGAUUUUACAGAAGGUGGGGAACAUGCCGAGGCCAAGAAUGACCUUCCAAGGAAGCCUCCUAACACACUGAUGCCCAACAUCCGGAAAGAUGGCAUCAGUCAGCCAGUAGAUGUGGAACAGCCUGCAGACCCAAGAGUCCAAGACGCCUGUCUCCCUCAAACAUCUCCUAAGCUAGAUCCUAGUAAAUGGGGUCACCCUAGCUUUAAUUCCUCCGGGAGCUGCCCCAGUCUGCAGAGCUCUGCACCCCUCUCCUCCAAAGCCUCCUACCCCUUUGACCCGGAUAACUUUGAUGAGUCCAUGGAUCCCUUUAAGCCAAGCACAGCUUUGACAGGCAGCACCUUUCGAUCCACUGCUGGUAAUCAUGUUAAUGAAAUCUUAGACUCACCCAAGAAGGCAAAGUCGCGUUUAAUAACGACUACUGAGCAAGUGAAAUUUCUCUGUUUUCUGUUGAGUGGCUGCAAGGUGAAGAAAUACGAAACUCAGUCUCUUGAUUUGGAUACGUGUUCUCAGGACGAAGGAGCCGUGAUCUCGCAGAUCUCAGACAUUUCUAAUAGGGACGGCCACGCUACCGAUGAGGAGAAACUGGCGUCCACAUCCUGCGGUCAGAAACCAGCGGGGGCAGAGGUGAAAGGCGUAGAGAAGGAGACAUGGCAGAAGACGGAGAAAGAAGACUCAGCUGGGCUUGGACCGCUGGAGUCCUCUUCAGAAAAGGCCCCCGUGUCUGUGGCCUGUGGAGGUGAGAGCCCCCUGGAUGGGAUCUGCCUCAGCGAAGCGGACAAGACUGCUGUGCUCACUUUGAUCAGAGAGGAGAUAAUCACUAAAGAGAUUGAAGCAAAUGAAUGGAAGAAGAAAUACGAAGAGACCCGAGAGGAAGUCUUGGAGAUGAGGAAAAUUGUGGCUGAAUAUGAAAAGACCAUUGCCCAAAUGAUUGAAGACGAGCAGAGGACCAGCAUGACCUCUCAGAAGAGUUUCCAGCAGCUGACGAUGGAGAAAGAGCAGGCCCUGGCUGACCUCAACUCUGUGGAAAGGUCCCUUUCUGAUCUCUUCAGGAGAUAUGAAAACCUGAAAGGCGUGCUAGAAGGGUUCAAGAAGAAUGAAGAAGCCUUGAAAAAAUGUGCUCAGGAUUACUUAGCUAGAGUCAAGCAAGAAGAGCAGCGAUACCAGGCCCUGAAGAUUCAUGCUGAGGAAAAGCUGGACAAAGCCAACGAAGAGAUUGCUCAGGUUCGCUCAAAGGCGAAGGCUGAGAGUGCUGCUCUCCACGCUGGACUCCGGAAAGAGCAGAUGAAGGUGGAGUCUCUAGAAAGGGCCCUUCAGCAGAAGAAUCAGGAAAUUGAAGAACUGACAAAAAUCUGUGACGAGCUGAUCGCAAAGCUGGGAAAGACUGACUGAGGUUCCUCCUGUGAGCUGUGCAGGUCUGAGUCUGGCUGCUUGUGUCCUGACCACAGAUAUCUUGCCUUAUCCAGAAAUAAUCCCCCCUUUGCAGAGAAAAAGAACUUUUACAAAAGCACAUGCCUGCUGCUGCCUGUCCCCCUUCCUGCCGCAGCUGGAGCCUGGCCGGCGGGAAAGGAGUGAUGCGACAGCCCAGCCCUGCUGGGCUGCAUCGGUCCAGGCUGGGCCGCCAGGUCCGGUAUGUGCUUCUCCAUCUUCAGUUCAUCUUGCUGUUAACUUUACUUCUCCCAACUCUGUGAAAUUUCUAGUUUUGUGGCAACUGUAUGGGAUCAUCUUCCCAGCACAUAUUUGAUAUUUUUAUGACCCGGUUAAUCUUUUAAAUUUCAAUAUCAACAGUUUAUCAAAGGAGACAGUUUGGCCUAUUGCUCCUAACAGCUUAUCAGUGAGACUCCGAGUUCCCUUUUAUUUACAGACUUUUACUCAUGCAUGCACAUCUAUCUAUACAUGCUGCUCCCCCCUGCCCCCGGGGGAAUUCAGAUAAGAAUUCCCAGGAAGGAGCAUAGUUAGGUAAAUCAAUGUAGAUCUUCUUUGGAAACAGAACCCUAGGUCUAAAAGCUAGUGUCAGACUUUGUAGGGGUUGACAUUAUAGCUCUUUGCUAGCGUGUUUCCUAUACACAAAGCCCUGGGCUUGAUCCCCAGAAUUACAAAAACUGGAUAUUGUAGGGCACGCCUGUAAUCCCAAAACUCCAGAAGUGGAGGCAGGAGGAUCAGAAGCUCAGGGUCAUCCUCAGCCUGGACUACAUGAGCUCAUGUUUCAGAAAAGGGGUGAGUGGAAGGACACAUGGUAACAUCUUAGCUGUCUUAGCUAUCUGGAGGCCUGGGCGGAAAACCACUCAAACAGAGCUUAAGGACAGACAGCACAGCACUAGACAAAAUAGACAUUUUCUCAGAAAUCACACAACCAAACUAGAACUUGAGUCAGGGUGGGGAGAUUGGGGAUAGGGAGGUCAGGGAUGUAGGUUUGAUGUUCAAGAAAGCCUUGGCAGUGCUGUCUGGUGCCCCAGUAUUUGGGCCCUUGUGGCCCUUUGUGCUUGUACUGAAAGUAGCCUUUGCCAUCUCCUCUGACAGCAGUGUGGGCCUCCCUCGGAGCUGGUAUUUGAUGGAUGUGUCGCCUGGGGGCAGUUAGUCUCAAAGGAAAUUAGCUGUUGUCUAUUUCAAAUACACCCAAAAGGGACUUGGGAAAGGGUCAGCUGAUCUUGUUAAAACAUACAGGGUGCCUAAGGACCAGUUAGAGGGUGAAGGACUGUGGUUUUCUGUGUUUACAAGCACGGCACACUUCAGAGACUUAAAAACAACAACACAUGUUUUGAACAAAACAGGCAGUAAGCAGUCAUGUGACUCAUCCCCCAUAUGUCAGCAUGAUUGCUGGGGAGGGCGGUGCAGGGACAAAGAAGGUCCACACAGACAAAAUGAAAUUCUGUGAACUCAUACUGGGCGACAUUAACCCCCAAGUAGAAAUCCCCCAUGUUGAUGCCAGUAAAUUCCUUCCCAUUUGAUCGGCAACACCAAAUUAAUUCAAGUUUUUGUUUGUUUGUUUUUUGGUUUUAAGAGACAGGGUUUCUCUGUAGCUUUGGAGCCUGUCAUGGAACUCACUCUGUAGACCAGGCUGGCCUUGAACUCACAGAGAUCCUCCUGCCUCUGCCUCCCGAGUGCUGGGACUAAAGGCGUGUGCCACCACCGCCCAGCUUCAUUCAAGUUUUAAUGCAUUUUGGCCUUACUUUUCUACCCUGAGUCAUCAUGGUAAUUAUGCAGUAUUGAGUACACACGUGUUUUCCUCCUUGUAAAAAUAUUGCAUGCCCCAUCUUCAGAAAUGGAUUGUGCCUCAUAGAGAAACUCUGUAGAUCUUAGCAACAGCGUUCCUUUAGCUGCGUGUCGCCAAGUGGCACAAGCUUUAGCUCCAGGCAGUGAGUAAUGUCUUUUCAAGCUAGAAAUCACAUUUUGUCAAUAUGCAUUUAUUAUAAUUGGUGCUUAGGUUAGGCUGUAUUUUGAGGCCUACUGUCUUAAGACUUUGUACAAAAACACAAACAGUUAUCUGUGGUUGGAGAAAUGGCUUGACAAUCAUUUGGACUCUGAAUUUAGUCACAGUGGCUUAACGUGAAAGUUGUAGCUGUAGACAUACUGUCAGGUUCAAGUGUCUUCAGGGGACAUAACCAGCAUCAGCUUAGCGCUCUUCCACAAGGGAAGUUAAUUUUGCAUUUUAAGAAACACUGCAGAUGUUUCUGCUACAGUAUCAUGGUGGUAUCCAUGUGUGUGUUUUGUAUUGACUUCAGUAUGAAAGGCUUAGAGUGGGCCCCAUCAUAAAACUACAGUCCUUUUUUUUUGGGGGGGGUAGUACUGGGACUUAUACCCAGGGUCUUGGACAUGCUAGGCAGGUCCUUCACUGUGGAGCUACAUCUCUGGCCCCAGUCAUCUUUUAAGCUUGUAUAUUUUUAAAGCAUCCUAUGCUCUAUGUUACAAAGCAUAGAAGAGGCAUGCGUGGUGACCGUCCUUCCCUGCCUCACUGGGGGAAGAGACCCCUUGAAAAAGAAGCCCUGCAAAAGGAAGUUGCUGUACACAUGUACCAAGGACAUGAAAUAAGUCCUUUAAGCGAUGUUUGCCAGUGGCCUCUUAGUCAUCACCAUUGCCAGGAAGUGUCCACAACUUCUAGCUUAUGGAUGCUCUCCAACAAGGAUAAAAAUGUAGCUUGCACAGCUGGCAAAUUAAGAAAAUGCAAUAGGCAGAGUUAAGUAUUUAUUUGUCUUUUAAUUAAAAUGAGCCCUAAAAAGCUCCUAGCACUCUAGAGAGUCAAAAUAUAAAGUUUCCUUUAACACAUGCUAGGGGCCAAAUACUUGUUUGUUAUACAGUUAAAAGGGGGACCAGCCAUGGUGGCACACACCAGUCAUCCUGGAGGCAGAGGCAGGGACCAAAAGUCAGGCCUGACUGGGCUAUACAGUGAGACCCUGUCUUCAAAGUCCUAAGAGCUGGAGGUGCGACUCAGUAGUAAUGCUCCUAGUGAGUGCUUACUCACCAUGUACAAGGCAUUGGUGUCAAUCCCAAGCAUUGUGAAAAUAAAGAACAAAACAACCUAAAACCCAAGGGAAAUGGAAAGUGGUUUGGGAACAUUAGGUGGUCUUGUUGAGACUCUUGGCACAGACCCAUUUCUUUAGUUCUAUUUUGUCAAAGUGUAGACACCAGCCCCCCAACAUCCCCCACUCCCCACCCCUGGCAGUAUCCCAGACCAGUUCACAGUGUGAUUCCUUUCUUUGGAGACUGGUAACUUCCCUAAAUUCUGCAUGCUCUGUGCUUGGUGCUCUAGUGUGGAUUCAGGCAUCCUCAGAACCAGACCAAAUUAGGAAGUACACCGUGAGGGGCUCUGCUCUGGCGGGAGAUCCCUGUUGAUAGGAUUAUAGUUCAAGCCAAACUUUCCAGCCAGCGCCCCCUUUCUCCCCAGGCAGACUGGGCACUCUGCUUGUGUCCAGAUGCUCCUCCUCUGGGCAGUCCCAGAUCAACCACAGUAGACAGACGCCCUCCCUUCCAGCAAAGAUAGCUCAGGCUAGAAAGGGCCGCUCUGCAGCUCCUAGGCAUGGGGAACUGUGACAAAGUUCAGGGCUGGCUGAAGGGAAAUCGGUUAGAACCUCCUGCAGCUCACGUCCUACAGGAGUUCCUUAAUCUCCAUUUCAGUUGGUGAUUUUAGGAAUCAGCCCUCCUGUUGUCCUUUGUAAAUCUGUGACCCUCGGAGCUCUCUCUCAGGUUUUUCUUCCUCUUGGGAAGAGAGAAUGUAGGUAUUGAAAGAGUAAAUGAUUCAGGCAAGGAAUUUAAAGAUGUAUAUAUUAUGAAGACUUUGCAGAGUAGGAGAUUAUUUACUUACUAAAGAACAGAUAAAGUCUGGGAAUCCCAUGACACCAAGCCAAAGGUCUAAGAAAUCAUCUUUCAAAAAAGUUUUAAUAAGGAAGUUAUUUAAAGGAAACUAACGUUCAAAAAUGCUUGACUGGCCUCCAGAUUCUAUUUAAAAAAAAAAAAAAAAACAAUUUGCCAAAGCUGGAGAUGUAGCUCAGUUGGUGACACACUUGCUCAGCAUGCUCAAGUCCCUAGAUUUCAUCCCCAGUGCCAGGGGAACAAAAAAGCAUUUUACUACUAAAUUCUUCAGGGUUCCAUUGGAUAGUCGAGGGAAGCAAAUUACAGAAGGAGCACUUCUUCCUCUGUUGUGCUCUAAAACACAGUGCCCAGCACAGGCGAGCACUUGGCAUUGCCGGCACUAAAUACUGCACUCCUGGCAGUUUUCAUGCAGAUGCAGCCCCCUCUCUGCCUGUCAGCAUGCAGUGAGGUCUGGACUAAUAAGAUUCCUGAGGGAUGACUUCCUAACUGUACUAUGGUUUCAGCUUUAUGUAAACACAUAUAUUCUGGUUAUAGUUCCAAUAUGGAGUCACUGCUGCAAUGCUGGUCUUAGGUAGUUUGUAUGAUGCUCUAACUGCUCAGAAGAGGCCAAGCAUGAGCCUGCGGUAUGGCCUGACCCUUCCCUGUAUGAAGUCUUCAGUACCAACUGUCAAGAUGCCACUCUAUCGCUUGGUCUUUUCGUGGUAUCUGAAUAUGCUCAACAAAAGUGCUUCCUCUUCCCGUAAGUAACGGACUAUAUUUGUGAAUAAUUUUCAAAUUGACUCAUAUAAAUUUUCUGAACUCUGGAACCAUGUCCGAUCCAGAUACAGGGCAGUGUCUAGGUCAUACCUGCAGCCUCAACUUCGGCCUUUGCAAUCCUUGGGACAGGAUUCGGGCAUUCUGUGAUGUCCCCAAGGCGGCAGUGAGCUUUCCAGUAUCGCUGUUAGCGAGUCUGUUUGCCAGUAGAUACCCACUGUACUAAUGUGCCAAGUGUUCAUUGCACAUCUGCUCCCACUGUGUCCCCCGGUGCCCUGAGUGUGUGAGAACCCCCCUCACUGGGUGGGUGGGGGGUACACACUGCAUUGACUCCUGUUGUAUGGAAUAAUCAUCCUCAUAGAUUUUAUACACAUAGUAAUUUCCCUUUUUAUAUGUCAGGUAAAUAUUUGUAAAAGUUAUACUCACACAAAAGAAUUAUUAUGAUAAUUACUAAUAUAUUUUUUCCAUGUUUCAUUGCCUGAAUAAAAACUGUUUACCACUGUUAAA